AUGAUCAACAUCAUGCUAGUACUUCUGUUCCUAACGAACAAUGAGAACCGAUGUUGGGCCCAUACUGCGAUAAGAUCGGGCGGUUCUUGCUCUAUGGAAUACUUGGGUGAUGAUGUGCAGUUCUUACGGUGUAGAGCAUCACAUGAAGAAGCAACUCCUAUUCUAAGCUAUCGCCACCACCUGCAUAAUCACCAAGCAACAGCAAGGAGCAGCAAAAGGACGACCGAGAAAAUCAGAAGAAGAAGGAACGAACGACGACGGAAUGAAGACAUGGACAAAAGGUGGCGAUAGUAUGGAGUUGGAACAGUUGGAACGAGAUCUCACUCAAAAGAUCUCGAGCGACGAUGGAUCGGGAUGGAUCGGGAUGGAUCGGAAUGGAUCGGGAUGGAUCGGGAUGGGUCGGGAUGGAUCGGGAUGGAUCGGGAUGGAACGAUGGAUUCGAAUGCGACGAUCGGUAUCGGCGGACGGGAUGGAUUCGGAAUGGAUGAGGAUGGAUCGGAAUAGAUGAGGAUGGAUCGGAAUGGAUCGGAAUGGAUCGGGAUGGAUCGGAAUUGAUCGGGAUGGAUCGAUCGACGCGACGACGAAGAUUAGGAUGGGUGGAUCGGAAUGGAUCGUAAUGGAUCGGGAUGGAUCGGGAUGGAUCGGUAUAGAUUGGGAUGGAUUGGGAUGGACGAAAUCGGGUGAAGGCAAGAACAACGACGACGACGACGACAAGGAAAGAAAGAUCGGGAUGGAUGAAUCGAGAAAAAAUUUAAACAAUGCUUCAGAUAAUCUGCUUUUUUACAGAUCGACGCGACGACGAAGAUUAGGAUGGGUGGAUCGGAAUGGAUCGUAAUGGAUCGGGAUGGAUCGGGAUGGAUCGGUAUAGAUUGGGAUGGAUUGGGAUGGACGAAAUCGGGUGAAGGCAAGAACAACGACGACGACGACGACAAGGAAAGAAGGAUCGGGAUGGAUGAAUCGAGAAAAAAUUUAAGCAAUGCUUCAGAUAAUCUGAUUUUUUACAGAUCGACGCGACGACGAAGAUUAGGAUGGGUUGAUCGGAUCGUAAUGGAUCGGGAUGGAUCGGGAUGGGUCGGAAUGGAGAAUUGGCACGGAUAGGCAUGGUUGGAUCGGGAGGCGAGAGCAAGGACAAGGACAACGAAGGAUCGGAAUGAUCGACGAUAGAGACGACGAAGAAGGAUCGGGCCGGAAGGAUCAGGCCGGAAGGAUCGAGAUGAGACGACGGUGUUCAGAGAGAGUCCGGAAACACGAAAAAUGAUCUACGAUAAAAGCGACGACGACGAACAGGAUGGAUGGAUCGGAAUGGAUCAGAAUUGUUGGAUCGGGAGAAGGCGAGAACCACGGCAACGAUGACGACGAUGAGGACAACAAAGGACCGGAAUGGUAAGG